CUCUCUCUCUCCGUGUUUCGGUCCUUUGGGUCUGUCUGUCUGAAGAGGAAGCGUCCCAUAAAGGAACAGGGGAGCGCUCUCUCUCUCUCUCUCUCGGAGAAUUACGGUCGAUCUGAAGAGAGAGAAAGUGGGAGAAUUUGAGACGGGAAGAGAGGUGGGAAAGAGAGAGAGAGAGAGAGAAAUGGCCAGGAACGACGGAGCGCGGUCGAGCUUCCCGUUGAGCUUCUGGGAGGUGGCGGCUGCCUCAACGGUGGUGGUUGGCUUCGGUCUCGGCCUCCUGGGCGUUUACCUGACCAUGCCCGCAUCCGACUACAGCUUCCUCAAGCUCCCUCGUACCCUCCAAGAUCUUCAGAUCCUUCGAGACCAUCUCGAGGGCUACACAAGCGACUACACCCUGCAAGUCCUGGUUGGUUACUCCAUGGUCUACAUAUUCAUGCAGACUUUCAUGAUCCCGGGAACUGUGUUCAUGUCGCUGCUCGCAGGAGCGCUUUUUGGAGUUCUUAAGGGCAUGGCCCUGGUUGUGUUCACUGCCACUGCCGGCGCUUCUUCAUGCUUUUUCCUAUCGAAAAUGAUCGGACGGCCCAUUGUCUUCUCUCUUUGGCCUGAUAAGUUGAAGUUCUUCCAAGCUCAGGUGGCUAAAAGAAGAAAAGGACUGUUGAACUACAUGCUCUUCCUUAGGGUGACUCCAACCUUGCCUAACACAUUCAUUAACUUCGCUUCCCCAAUAGUCGAUGUGCCAUAUCACACCUUCUUCCUUGCUACUGUCAUUGGACUUAUCCCUGCAGCUUAUGUCACUGUCAGGGCUGGACUAGCUCUGGGAGAGUUGCAGUCUGUUGGAGAUCUUUAUGACUUCCAUUCCAUUGCCACUCUAUUUUUCAUUGGGAUAGUCUCGGUUACUCCGACACUUAUGGGCAAGAAGGGCUCAUAAUGCCAGAUUAUCAACUCGCUCAUCCUACCUUGCGAGCAUGCAAAUCCUUUUCCUCGGGUCACCAUUCGGUUCCAUGUCGACCUCUGUAUGGAUAAACAAACGCGAAGCACUCUCUAUACUGAGUAAAUUUCGUCAGCACCUGGGAGAUCGAUUCUGCAUGGGAUAACUUGGAAAAAGCGUCAGUUACCAGCCCUUGAUCCCAACCCCGGCCUGAUUAAACAGGAAUUGUUAUCUUAGUAUUAGAUAAAGGUGAAGGAGUUGUUAUUUUAGUGUCCUGGUAUACCUGAUUGAUGUUUUCCCCUUAGCAAGAAGGGAAAAUGGAAAGAAAAGAAAUUUCAUUGUAUAUCAUUGUUAAUGUGAACUAUUUGGUAGAAUAUUUCUCUGUGGAAUUGGCAUCUAUGUAUUACACUCAGAUACGAUUUAAGUAUUAUCAUCUUAAUUCGGCUUGACC